GGGGCGGGGAUGGCGGCGUGGGGGCGGUGAGAGCAGCCGCCAUGGCGGAGCUGGCAGCGGCGGAGGGACCGCCGCGUGGCCGCACGCCCAGUCCGGGCCCUGGGGGAGUGCCGGGACCGCCCAGUCCUCGCUCAGCUGCGCCGGGCUUUUCCGGCACUAUGCUGAGCCCGGGUCCCGCCGGUGCGGCCCGGCCACCCGCCGCCUCCAAAUGGGUGCGGCUGAACGUGGGCGGAACGUAUUUCGUGAGCACCCGACAGACGCUGUGCCGGGAGCCCAAGUCCUUCUUGUGCCGCCUCUGCUGCCAGGACGGGCCCGAGCUCGGCUCCGACAAGGAUGAGACAGGAGCAUAUCUCAUCGAUAGAGAUCCCACAUAUUUUGGUCCAAUACUGAACUACCUCCGACAUGGGAAGCUUAUCAUAAACAAGGAGCUCGCAGAAGAAGGGGUACUGGAAGAAGCUGAGUUUUACAACAUUGCGUCACUUGUGCGGCUGGUGAAGGAGCGGAUACGGGAUAAUGAGAACAGAACCUCUCAAGGUCCUGUGAAGCAUGUAUACAGGGUCCUGCAGUGCCAAGAGGAAGAGCUCACACAGAUGGUGUCCACCAUGUCUGAUGGGUGGAAAUUUGAACAGCUAAUCAGCAUUGGAUCUUCAUAUAACUAUGGAAAUGAAGACCAGGCAGAAUUCCUCUGUGUUGUAUCUAGGGAACUCAACAAUUCUACCAAUGGCAUUGUCAAAGAGCCCAGCGAGAAGGCAAAGAUUCUUCAAGAGCGAGGAUCUCGGAUGUAAUUCAAGUGUCUACUCCUCUAGAACUCCCAGAUGUCAAAAGGGCAAUCUAGCUGGGCAGAACAUCUCUCCACAAUGCAAAAUUGCCCCCCUAGAGUAAUCAAGCUAACGCAAAGCAAAGCCAAGCCUGUCCUGUCAAUUAUGAGUAAUUCUAGUCCUAACCAAAGGCUUUCCUGUUAUUCUGGAGAACAAGAAAGGAGAAAACUCUUCCAGGUGGAUAGCCUGUUCCACAAGUAUUUAUUUUUUUUGGCCAGUGCUGUACUGAAUUUUUCCAACAACAGCUGCACUGGAUUCCCAGUUGGAUUCUUUGCAAAGGUUGCUCAGGUCCAUGAAGCCUUGUGGUCAGUCCUACCUUAUGCAGGCUGCCAUGGGUGGGAAGAUGUGUGUGACCUGUGCCACUUCUUGCAUCUAGGUCUACAACCACAAGAAUAAUGCAGAGACCUUGCAGUGCUCCCUCCUGAUAAGCCAGUCCCCCACAGAUCAGAACAGGGCUUUAAAAGGAGGAACAAAGAAACUACUUGUAAAAAACAAACAUUUUCAUUCUUGCUUUGUAUUUGUUCCUUGUACAAUUCCUAAGAGCUGAGCCUAGAUACUAAGGGGAAGGGGGUCACAAGUACAUCUAACAUGGGUGUUGCUGCUAACACUAUUACAUAUGGGCUCCUGGCGUUUUCCAAAGCCCAUUGCUUCUCAUGCAUAAAAACAGACCUGUGUUCACCCAGAGCAGUGACAGAGUAAUGGAUCUGUCCUGUACACUUCUCUAUUGAAGAAGAGUGGUGACAUCUUCCCCUUCAAUACCUUGCCAUGACCAUUUAUCUUAGUCCGGUGCAAAGUCACAAGGUUAGGGACUUGUUCCUGCCAAUUUCAGCUUUGCCUCGUCUCCAGCAGCAUGGGCUCUGUCACCUGCCUUUUCACCAAGGAAGGACUGUGGGCAGAAUUUCUUUUGUACUGUAGCAAGCAGGUAGGUUUGAUUUUUACCCACAGGACUCUUUGCAGAGGAGAUCCACUACUUACAUGCAGUGAUUUAGCUGCAUCCUCCCUCAUGUCCCCAACCUUUAAAGAGAUCACCUCAAAUUACACAGGGGCAUCAGAGCUGGGGGGCGGGUGGUGAAAAGUUGCCAAACUGUUGUAAUAUAUUUUGUCCGGUGUGUCAACUUCUGUGACUUUUUUUUUAAUGCCUUGGAUGGAUGUGCAAAAUGUUCGUUUGUGCCUCUCUUGAACUCUAAUCUUAGCCAAAUCGCAGUCACUGUUUCCUCUCUGUUAAGCUGUGCCAUCCCUUACCAAGGGCAUGUCCCUCCUAGUCUGGUAAAUGAAAUUUCUUAGGAAUUUGCUGCUGUGUGUUUUUCUCCUUUCAUCUCAGCUUUGUUCUUUGUAGCCCACGUGUCCUGGCACUUUGUUUUUGUAAAUCAAAUCCCAAACUGAUGCUACGUGCAAAACUUCAGAGAUGUUGGAAUUCACAGACAUGGACAAGCUCAGAGCAGAUGAUUCUCAAUAAGGUAUCAGAAAACUCCUCACCUGGUUUGAGGAGUUCAGUUCUUUUAUGGAAAAACUCAGCUACCUGUGGUCUCCUUACGUUGCUGAGAUGGAAAUAGGCAGGUCUCCUGUCUUAUCACUUAUUGCUGGCAGGGCCUAAGGGUAGCAAAAUGUUACCAAAGGUCUGACAACCAAUUCAGCAAACAAGGCAUGCAGCAGAGGCACAGAGCGACACAGCUGCACUUGGCCUCUUUUGGUACAUGCUCAUGCCUGUCCUUUUCCAUCCUUUGCCAGUAUACCACACCUCCACUGGAGGCUUUGCCUCACUCACAAGAAUGACCAGUAAGUUAUCUGUACUAGUUUAGUCUUGAUAACAACAGACCAUGCCAAAUGUCUGAAUUCACAUUCUAUCAGUUAUAGGCUAUUGAAACACAGCUGGCUUGCCAUCAUGCUGAAGAACCCAGCUCUCCUUCUUCCUUCCAUCUUCCCCAUUUAUAACAUAGUGAGAUGGUAUUGGUGUGAUUAGACCAUACACCUUGGCUGGGCCUAAAUAACACUGUGAUACUUUAGAUAUCUCUCCUCUGCCAGUAUCUUGUAGUCUCAGUCAUUGUGCUCUCAGCUGAGAAAUCAAGAAGUACACGUAUGCAGGUUAACAGCCUGAAAAGCCCUCUAAUUCUCACAUUCGUGUUCUGUUCCUUCCUCGGAGGAGGGAGUUUCUGUGAACUGGAAGGAAAUAUCAAACUGACGGUGACAGGGACUGGGUGAGCUGCAUGUCACAUCAGUGCCAGCUGAACACCUCAAACCCACAGCAACACUAAUGAGCUCACCUGAAGGGAGCCAUUCUGUCCAGUACAGUUCAAGCAGGUAAAAGCGAUACCUUGUUCCAAAAUGCCAUGCAUGGUGAAGCCCACAGGAGAUUGCCUCAUGCAAAAGAGGGCACUCUCUCUCCUGAGCCACAGAGAGCCAAAAAAACCCACCAUUCCCGGUUGAGCAGCUCAGCUGUUUAACUCAUACACGUGAAAGACUAUCAAAGCUGUACCUUGGAUCUCCCCUCCACACUGUGCUCUCUGCAGCAAGGGCUUGUCAGUGCAUUCCAGUCUUCUUUCCUUCAGUUCCACAGGCCUUCAGUUCAAGAAAGUUGAUGUAGAAGAACAGUCUGUUCCUGAAUAGCCCUUAUUGUAGGGUGAUGCUUAGGACCAGGCACAAAGACCUUGAAGGUACAAUCCCAGUGGAGGAUUUCUCCUCCCCUGAUAGUGUUAAUGACCUGUACCCCCAGACCAAGGGCCACUCAGCAUGAUACACCAGCUGCAUGUCUAUUUGCUGAGCACAGGGCUUUUCCUUCUGUUACCUUUCACUCAGUCACAACAUAUCAAAACUAACAGUGAAGAUUAAAUUUGCCCCAUUGACUCAAAGGUAGCAUGCUGUGAGCAGGGGGAGGGGUACUGGAUAUCCAAAAGUGUUUGUACCUUUUGGGAAAGUUCACUUCAAAGCAUUAAUCCUGGAAAUGGGAGGUGUGACGUUUUGGUUUUUCUAAUCUUUUCCAGUGGCCUGAGUUGUUCCAUUAUGGCAGGACUGGAAACAACAUCUUACAGUGUCUUUGUUUCUGUACAUUUUUAAAUAGAUUUUCUCAGGGGUGACUGAGUGGGCUGAGGCAGAGGCAGCAGUGGGACAGAGCAGCUCCCCAGCUGGGCUGUGGGCUCCUCCCUGCAGGUUCGCCUGCAAACCCAGAGGUUCUGUACAGUUUGUCACCUGUCAGUGCCCUUUGCUACUGUUUCUCUUUGUUUAUUAAAUGUGUUUGAAUAACAGUUGAGAUGCUGCAAUUAAUUUGUUUUUCCAAUAAAGGUUCUGAAAUGGGUUUGAAGUGUA